GGCUACAUUGUAAUCAGAGCGGAGAGGGAAGCAAACGCGUCGAUAUUACAGCUGCUGUGUCAGCGGUUUCCAUGGUGAUGGACCCUGCUGGCGGGCGAGACGAGCUGCGGCGUCAGGCAGAGCGUCUUCGACGGGAGGAGGCGUACUAUCACUUCAUCAACGAGCUGAGCGAGGAAGAGUACCGCCUCAUGAGAGACAGCAACCUGCUGGGCACACCUGGUGAAGUGACAGCGGAGGAGCUGCGGCAGCGCCUGGACGGGGCAAAGGAGCGCGUGUCAUCUCAGCCCCGCCCUGAACCACACCCACAGAACACUGAGGCCGGAGAGGAGGAGGGGAGCAGCGGUGAGGGGGAGGAGAGCGAGGGAGGGGCAGCUACUGCUGAGCCGGGAGCAGAGGCGUCUAACGGCGACUCACUGCUGGAGUGGCUGAACACCUUCCGACGCACCGGGAACGCCACGCGCAGCGGCCAGAGCGGCAACCAGACGUGGCGCGCGGUCAGCCGCACCAACCCCAACAGCGGAGAGUUCCGCUUCAGCUUGGAGAUCAACAUCAACCAUGAGCAGCCAGAGCCAGGGGAGCACAGUGAUGCCCCCGACCCCUCAGAGCUGUCCCCUGUCCCCCCUCCAUCCACAGCCUCCUCAGCCUCCAUACGCACUGCCCCCUACACCCCCUCCACUCGCCCCUCACCCUACACCCCUGCCCGGCCCUCCCCCUAUCCCUCACCUCGAGCUACCCUGGGCAGGAGGGCUCAGAUCCGCCGUACACGCAGUAGUACCACCAUACCUCCUCUGACUCCCGCACCCCUCACCACACCCCUGUUCCCCCCUACUGCUCUAAGGGGUACAGCAGCCCUCCACCUUCCACCACCCCUAGUCCCCAUCACCCCCCCUACCCUUCAGGAUCAAAUAAGCCCUCCACAGCUCCAACCCCCAAGCGGGUCUUCCUCCCCAGGGGAGGGGCAGGAGGAGGACUGCCCCCGUGUACCGCCCCAGUCUGGCCCCCAGGUGGCGUCUGUGGGGCGUGAGCCGCGCAGCAGCAGGACUCGAUCCCGCGGCCGGAUCCGCAGGCCUGCAGCAGGAGGUGGGACUUCCUCCCGGUCGUCUAGGAGACGUAGCCGCUCCCCUCUUCAGAGAAACCCCACCCCUAACUCGGCUACCUUGUCCCCUAGUGGUGGGAGUGAAAAUGGUGUCUCUAAUAAUGGCCACUCUGCCGAGCCCGGCCAUGGAACUGCUUCUGUCUCCAUGGAGACCGGUGAGGCCGUGUCAGAGCCGGCUGUACUAACAGAGCCUGGCCCAGAGGCAGGUGAGCAGGAGGGAGAGGCGCAUAUGGCCGGGUCGGGGGGUGCAGGAGGGGUGCGGCGCCACCCCACCAUCAUGCUGGAUCUGCAGGUGCGGCGCAUCCGACCGGGAGAGAACCGGGACCGGGACAGCAUCGCCAGCCGUACCCGUUCCCGCGCCCGCGCCGCCGAGAACACUGUCACCUUUGAAAGCGACAGUGGGGGCUUCCGGCGCACCAUCUCCCGCUCGGAGCGGGCCGGGAUCCGGACCUACGUCAGCACCAUCCGGAUCCCUCUGAGGAGGAUCAGUGAGACGGGCCUGGGGGAACCCAGCUCCACUGCCCUGCGCUCCAUCCUCAGACAAAUCAUGACUGGCUUCGGAGAGCUCAGCUCCCUCAUGGAGACAGAGGCUGACUCUGAGACCACCGAGGGCACGCCCGGUCACCAGGACCCUGCAGGACCCAAUGCUAACACCAACACCACACAGACCUACCGUAGCCACGGUAACGAGAGUGGAACUGUGGCGGGAGGCCAGGCAGGAGGGGCAGAGACGGAGAGAGAGGGGGCGGCAGGGGCCGAGGAGGUAGAAGGAGGGCAGGGGAGGUUAGGCGGGAGUGGCGACGGUGUAGUCCCAACCCCCGACGAUGGUCGGCCGAUGAGCAGGGACACAAACAACCUGGUAGAGAACGGCACGCUGCCCAUCCUGCGGCUGGCCCACUUCUUCCUGCUCAACGACGAGGAGGACGAGGAACACUCUCGCGGCCUGACCAAAGAGCAGAUCGACAUACUGGCCACGCGCACCUACGGCCAGGCCAGCCUGGAGGGGGAGGCGGGGCGCGCCUGCAGCGUCUGUAUCAACGAGUACGCCCAAGGGAACAAGCUGCGCCGCCUGCCCUGCGCCCACGAGUUCCACAUUCACUGCAUCGACCGCUGGCUCUCUGAAAACAACACCUGCCCCAUCUGCAGGCAGCCCAUCCUCCCCGUGCACCAGGACUGACCCUGCCCUGACCCCUUGAACCCCCUGACCCCAGACCACCACCGGCUCCACCUCGCCCCCUGCUGGCUGAACUGAGCAUGCCCGAGCGGAGCGGACAGUACAUGUACAUAGCGCUUUAAUGUUUUCAUUUACCAUUGAAAUAUUCAUUGUGUUCAAGCUGAGAAAUGGUAGAACCCAAAGGGGGGGGGGACUAAUGCAGAGAAUUAACAAAGCGUUAUUUUUGUAGACUUAUUUUCAGCACCUUGUUUUAUUUUUUUAAUUUGUUUUUUCUUGUCUUGCUUCUGUUACGAUGCUUCUGAGGUCCACAUUUACAGAUAGCACUUACGCUUAAAGAGCUACUAUAGCUAGCCGCUGCUGAUCAACUCUUUCACCUGAUACGCUGUGUCACCAUGUCACAAACGGACUACAGCAAUCAGUCAGUCGCUUCUGUAGAUUUGAUUUGGUUGACAAUGUGUAAAUAUGUCACCGCCGUCUGUGUUUUGGGGUUGAGAACAGAAAGUCAUCCUCCUUGCAUUUUAAGCAGAAAACAUUUAUUAAGUAAGAGCUAAUAUUGGAAUUCUCCAUUUUAAAGCUCCAACAUCCCUUUUAAAGUGUAUUCUAUCAUUUGUAUUUGUUUAGACAAAGGCUAUUGUGGAUUCUAUUUGACUUUUUAAUUAAAUUUGACUUGGCCAGUG